ACUAAUUCCCAGGCCACCCUUAAGGAAUGAGGAGUCCCACGUGACGCUGGCGGGGCGGGCGAACUCUGAGCCAUUUUGGUUACGGUGUCAGUUUCCACUGUGCGCCUUCAGUGCUUCGCUCCCUCCACCACCACCACCACUCGCGGUUCUCCACUGCCUCCACCUCCCCGCUUGCUCCUUCCGCAGCAACAACUCUGAUAUUAUUCAAAUAUUUUCAUAUUAUCAUUAUUGUUAUUUUUACAAAGAGGAAAGUGGAGAGAGAAAGAGCUCUCUGAAAGGCAGGAGAGGGAAAACACAAGACCGGGGCGGAGGAGGCGGGGGGGGGGGAACCGAUAGACGGAGCCGGGAGGAGGGCUUGGAAGCCGGAGAGACAAUGGGCUGGUGGUGGAGGAGGAAGAGUGGCAGUCCAGACGGGCCGGAAAUAUUUUAAGAGCCCAGCGCUGGAGCUACGCGUUUUAAGGAAGGCGAGAGCAGCCAGCCAGGAGUAGGGAGGGUGAGCGAGCGAGGUGGGGGGUGGAAAAAGAAGAGAGAAAGAGAAAAGGAGACGCGCAAAGGAAGAGGAGGGGAAAGGCAAGCAGACUCGGAGUGAGCCCGAAGGAGAACCGCCCGGCUGUUUGGGGAACUAAAAGGAGCUCGGCGUGGCGGCGGCGACGGUAACAGCGACGGCGGCAGCAAUACGCUGAUUGCAACUGACAGCGCCUGCAGUUCGUUUCAAGAUGGCCGCUUGGCUCACAUUCAUUUUCUGCUGAACGACUUUUAACUUUCAUUGUCUUUUCCCGGCAGCUUUGGUCGCCCCCCGGCAGCGUCCUUCUGCGGAGUCUCCUCGGAUUGAACCAAAAUGCAUCGCACCACCCGCAUCAAAAUUACGGAGCUCAACCCCCAUCUCAUGUGUGUGAUUUGCGGAGGGUAUUUCAUCGAUGCUACCACGAUCAUCGAGUGCCUGCACUCCUUUUGUAAGACUUGUAUUGUACAUUACUUGGAGACCAGCAAGUAUUGUCCAAUUUGUGAUGUCCAAGUUCACAAAACUAGGCCUCUUUUGAACAUAAGAUCUGAUAAAACUCUCCAGGACAUUGUAUACAAGUUAGUACCAGGUCUUUUCAAAAAUGAAAUGAAAAGAAGAAGAGAUUUUUAUGCUGCUCAUCCAUCUGCUGAUGCUGCCAAUGGCUCAAAUGAAGACAGAGGAGAAGUUGCAGAUGAAGAUAAAAGGAUUAUAACAGAUGAUGAAAUAAUAAGCUUAUCCAUUGAGUUCUUUGACCAAAAUAGAGUUGAACGGAAAGGAAGCAAAGAGAAGGAGAAAGCCAAAGAGGAAUAUCAGAUUUUGAAUGUUGUCUCAACCAAAUGCCCCUCCCAGGCCAACAACAAAAGAUAUUUACGCUGUCCUGCAGCAAUGACUGUAAUGCACUUAAGGAAGUUUCUCCGGAGCAAAAUGGACAUACCCAAUGCUUUUCAGAUAGAUGUCAUGUAUGAAGAAGAGCCUUUGAAGGACUACUACACACUAAUGGAUAUAGCCUACAUUUACACUUGGAGAAGGAACGGCCCCCUCCCUUUAAAGUACCGUGUGCGACAAACCUGCAAGAGAAUGAAAAUAGGUGGCCAGCAGAGGGAUGGCUUGCACAACAGUGGGGACCUGGAAAGUGACUCUGGCAGUGAAAAAGCUGGCAGCCCCAUGGGAGGUGCUCCUUCCACAUCAUCCUGCGUGUUGAGCCCCAGCACUCCGGUGCAAUCUCCCCACCCCCAGUUCCCCCACAUCUCUAGCACUAUGAAUGGAACCAGCAGCAGCCCAAGUGGUAACCACCAUGCCUCCUUUACCAACAGAACCCGGAAAGCAUCCAUCAAUGGUUGUUCAACAACUUCUUCUGGCUGACUGGCAUAAAUUUUCCUUUCUGACUCUGAAGACUGGAUGCCGAGGUUAUUUUUUCUGCUCUGUGUCACUAUCAUAUCACACCAUUAAGCUUUAUAGUUGCAAAUUCCACGUGUGUCUCUGCCUGGAGGUUAGUAAGAGAGGAAUAAAGAUUGGGAAUUAAAUGGGAGGACAAAAGUUGGACCUUUUUUAUAUUAAACAACCACCACAACAAACUCUUUCUUAAGGACUAGUAACAUGGAAAAACAAAGGAUAACAAUCCAAAUAUUUGAAGAGGGUUUUUUCUGGACUUCCAUUUUUCUGUUUCUUAAUUUGGAAUCUGAAAAUUGAUGCUUACCCACAAAUGAAAGUUUUGUAAAUCCAGAUUAAUUUCCUAUAUAUCUUUUGGAUUAUGAACUAUACUGGUUUGGGGAAUCUCACUGAAAUCCUUCUCCAUCUCGGAAUGCUUAAAUGCCAGACUGAAUAUGCAUAAAAAGAUGCAUAUAUGUAGCCACACCACUGUGAAUAACAAUGUAUUUGCUUUAUUAGCCAUUUUGAUUUAUAGUUUGCAUCCACAACUUCU